AUGACGGUCAACGAAGAGGUUGGAAGUAACCCAAAUAAAAGUGCUGCUGAAAAUGUUUCGACAUUAGGUGGUUUUUUGGCCGGUGGUUUGGCUGCAUGUGGUGCAGUUACAUUUACAAAUCCUAUUGAAUUGAUCAAAACAAGAAUGCAAUUGCAGGGAGAGUUGAGCAAAAAUUCUAAUGCUCCUAAAUUGUAUAAAAACCCAUUCCAGGCGUUUGGACUUAUUUAUAGGAAGGAGGGUAUCAAAGGCUUGCAGCAAGGUUUGACAUGCGGUUACUACUAUCAAUUAGGUCUUAAUGGGUGUCGUAUUGGGCUUUACGAGCCUAGUCGUUAUUUCUUAACCAAGAUUUUGAAGCCAUCUAGUUUUAAAGAGGGCGAGAAGGUUCCUCAGAACUUGUGGAUCAAUGUUCUUGCGGGCUUUGCCUCAGGUGCAGCUGGUGCUGUGCUUGCGUCGCCAUUUUUUCUUAUCAAGACCAGAAUGCAGUCAUAUUCCGGAGCUAAAGCAGCAUCUUCGGAAGGUGCCCAAGGCGUGGGUCAGCAGACUUAUUAUAAGGGUUCCGCAGAUGGCUUGCUGAAGAUCUACAAAGCCGAAGGUAUCGUAGGUUUAUUCCGUGGUGUUGAUGCCGCCAUUUUGCGUACUGGUGCUGGUUCUGCUGCCCAGUUACCAGUGUACAACUUCACAAAAUCAUUAUUAUUAGAGUACGAUAUUGUCGAAGAUAAUUCCACUGGUUUGCAUUUUCUUUCGGGUGCCCUGGCCGGUUUGGGUGUCGCGAUUGUAAUGAACCCAUGGGACGUCAUUUUAACGAGAGUUUAUAACCAGAAAGGAGAUCUAUAUAAAGGACCUAUAGACUGUUUUUCCAAGACCGUCAGAACAGAAGGCUUCAGUGCGUUGUACAAGGGUUUCUACGCCCAGUUGUUCAGAAUUUGGCCUCACUCGAUUCUUACGUUGAUGUUUAUGGAACACUGUAUGAAUGCUAUGGAAAAAAUUGAAAGAAAAUUACAUAGCUAA